UUGGGGGCCAGUCCCCAGCCCGUUCGUUCCCCCAAGUCGACAGACUAGCCGCUACUACAACUCCUUCGAUACCCACACAAGCAACUCCAGGCGGCAAAGACGUCCUUUUUCCCUUCUCAACCUUUUGCAUCCACAAAAGAAACUUCGGCUUUCUACAUAAUUUGUAUUUGCGGGACAAGAUACAACCAGUGAACGACUUUUUUUUUCAAAAUGGAGGAGAUUGCUAAGGAAUACGAUGUCAUUGUGCUGGGCACUGGUUUGACCGAGUGCAUUCUUUCUGGUGUGCUGAGUGUCAAGGGCAAGAAGGUCCUUCACAUCGAUCGUAAUGACCACUACGGCGGUGAGGCUGCGUCGUUGAACCUGCAAGCGCUUUUCAAGAAGUACGGCAACUACAACAGCGGAGAGGAGCCAUGGGCCAAGUACGGCCGUAACACCGACUGGAACAUUGACCUCGUCCCCAAGUUCCUUAUGUCCUCUGGCGAGCUCACCAACAUUCUCGUCUCCACCGAUGUUACGCGAUACCUCGAGUUCAAGCAGGUUGCUGGCAGCUUCGUGCAGCAAGGCUCCGGCCCCAAGGCCACCGUGGCCAAGGUCCCCUCAGAUGCCGCCGAGGCCCUCCGAUCUCCCCUGAUGGGCAUCUUUGAGAAGCGCCGCAUGAAGAGCUUCAUCGAAUGGGUCGGCACCUUUGACCUUAAGGACCCGGCCACCCACAAGGGCCUGGACUUGUCUUCUUGUACCAUGAAGGACGUUUACGACAAGUUCGGCCUGGAGACCGGAACCAAGGAUUUCAUCGGCCACGCCAUGGCCCUGUACCUCUCCGACGACUACAUCAGCAAACCUGGUGGCGCGCCCGAGGCAAUCGACCGCAUCCGCCUGUACGGGAACAGUGUGGCCCGUUACGGCAAGUCGCCAUACAUCUACCCGCUUUUCGGCCUUGGAGACCUGCCCCAGGGUUUUGCCCGUCUGUCGGCCAUCUACGGCGGCACUUACAUGUUGAACACCAACAUCGACGAGCUUCUGUACGAGGACGGCAAGGCUGUUGGCAUCAAGGCCACCAUGACUGGUAUCGAGCCCGAGAUGAAGUUCGAGACUAGGGCAAAGAUGAUUCUUGGUGACCCGUCCUACUUCUCGGACAAGGUCAAGGUCGUCGGCCAUGUGCUUCGUGCCAUCUGCGUGCUCAAGCACCCCUUGGCUGGCACCUCUGAUGCCGAUUCAUGCCAGCUGAUCAUCCCGCAGUCGCAGGUCGGCCGCAAGAAUGAUAUUUACAUCGCCUGCGUGUCAUCUGCCCACAGCGUCUGCCCCAAAGGCUACUACAUUGCCAUUGUCUCAACCAUUGCCGAGACGUCGGCUAACCACCACCUCGAGCUGCAACCCGGUCUGGAGCGUCUUGGUAAAAUUGAGGAGCAAUUUAUGGGACCCCCUAUUCCUCUGUACGCCCCUAUCGAGGACGGCACCAGCAGCGGUAUUUUUAUUUCCAAGAGCUACGACGCCACCAGCCACUUCGAGACAACUACCGACGACGUUAAGGACAUUUACCGCCGCGCGACCGGCGAGGAGCUGAAGGUUGAGGGACUCAGGGACCUGCAGGUUGCUGGAGAUGAGUAGAUUGUUCAUAAUGAUGAUGAAUAUGAAUGUUGAAGGUUUUGAGCUCGAGGCCGAAUAAGAAGCCAAUCAGCAAGCAGAAUAAGAAAAGGCUAGCAAUUUUCUCGAGCAUGCAUAUAUAUAUAUCCCCAUCUGAUUUCGAA